AUGACAAGUUCAACAUCAUCAACAGUAUUAUUAACAACAGCAAAGGAUCGUGCUCUCUCUGUGAAAACAUUAAUUUGUUUCCUACAAACUCUUAUCGGACAGAAAACUUGGAUUGAGCUUAAAAAUGAUUACCAAUUAUUGGGUACAGUUGAUCAGGUUGAUGCUUAUAUGAAUGUUGAAUUAAGUGAUGUUUCUGUAAGAAAGCCGGUUAACCUGGUUAAAGGUGAUUAUCAUCAAUAUAACCUUGAUUAUAUGUUUAUUAAGGGUACCCGAGUGAGAUAUGUUUCAGUUCCUGAUGAGAUUGAUGUAAUUGAAAAUAUAAAUCAAGGGAUUGAAAAGAUUAGAAAUCAUCAUACUAGACGUGUUACCUCCUCUACCAGAAGAGCUCCAAAAGCUGUUAUUCACAAAGACAAUUCUACACCCAAUUCAAGUUGA